UAUUAUGUUCACAAAUUAGCUGUCUAAUCACAAUACAUUGUGUGGAAAAAUUUUAAGUUUGCACAUAUGUAAGAAUGUCUUUUACAUCAUAUCACAUACCUACAAAUGAUGCACAAAUGGACGAAUACUCACGGGCUAUACCAGAACUGGCUACUAAUAAUAUAAAUAUGGAAUAUGUAGAUUAUUGGCUCAAUCUAACUGUUGAAAAGGAAAUCAACCGUGGCGCUAGACUUGCAGAGGAAAAGUUAAGACUAUAUCCGCUAUCACAAGACGAAUGUGGUAUUAAUAUCGAUUUUAUCAAGCCCAUCCCCACAUGUUCUAAGAUUAAAAGAUAUUGCAGUCACAGAAAGUGUUCGCAAAGACAGUACACCGACGUCAGACUACACUCUUGCAAUCGACGACAAAAUUCACUUUAUUUUGAACCAAAUUCAUGUACACCUCAAAGUUGUUAUUCUAAGCAAAAUAUUGCGAAAUUACGGCCAAGAAUACCAAGAUGCCCGAUGAGAGUAGCAGAGUUAGCUGUUCCGACAAAGCGACAAUGUAUCGAUACGUGGAGGAACAAAUGCGACGUGCUCCCUGAAUUUAUGGUAGAAAGACUUAAACAACAAGUUAUGGACGAAAAACCGGUGGUUAAAAUUUCGGACGCGUUAACUUGCUUCAAAAAUCGAAAAUCUCCAUUUAACAGAUCCCGAUUAAAGACAUGCACAAUUGCAGCAAUGAAUCUUCGAAACGAAGAUUUCCGAAAAUAUAGUGCUACGUUUAGUCACAAAAUAGCACAGAAACUUAACAUUCCCUUUAAUAUAACGUUAAAUCCUCAAUUGGAAAAAAUCUCAAACGUUGUCUCAAGUGAUAUUUCCAGAUUAACUAAACAUCAAAAGAAAAUCAACACGAAAAAUGCUAAAAACAAAAAAAUACAAAUCGAAAUGUCGAGUAAGAUUGCAGCUUGGAUCGCUAAUAUUGUUGAGGAAUCAUCUUAUAAGAUGAUAGAAGCAGACUUAAGAGAAUUAGAAGAGGAGGAAGGUCCCGUAUUGGAUUUUAUUGACAGUUUGGUACACAACGUUGUGAGUAUUUGUGAAGAUUUUUCAGAGAAGGACGAUCUACAUCCUGCACUAUAUACAAAUAUUGCUUCGCCGGUUUCACAUCGGAGGUCUGGGUCAGUAACAGGAGAGUCCGAGAAAGUAAUGGAAAGAAACGACUCUAUACAGACGACAUCUGGCGAAAUGGAAAGUAACGUUGAAUCGUCAUAUCAUAAUAAAAUUGAAGACAAUCUAGAAUUGGAUAGUAACGAAGAAUAUAUAUUAGAAGAAUUAGAAAGAAUUGUUGUCAGCGUUACAAUCACUGCACAGCCAGAUAAACAAAAUACGAUAGCCGACAUGAUAAAGACAGAAGACUAUUUAGUUGUGGAUAAAAUGUCGCGACAAUCCAUAGAUAGUACAAGCUCGUAUGUACAAUUUAAGCAGUCAAAUAAUUCUCAAGGCUUUGUUAAAGAAUAUCAGGAAUUCAGCGAGAAUUCUAAAGAUGCAGAUAACAAUUUUAGUGCUAAUCAAGAAAAUGAUAAUGUGAGUGAACUAUUUCAGAUACAUUCUGAAGAGUCACCUGACGUUAAGAGUAGAAAAAUAAACUUUUUACAAUUAAUUGCUAAUAAGGCAGAAAAGCAGGAACUCAAAAAACAGAGCAAGUAUCAUGGAAAUUACCAAUUAAAUUUGCAGCUCCAAAUGAAAAUUUAUUGA